AUGCCACACUCCGUCACACCAGAGUCUACACCUGCAGAAGAGACAUCGCAGGCCGUCUCGCUCCCUGACACCACCAAGCCCGAAUCAGAGACACCCGAUGUCGCUAUGGAAGACGCCCCAACAGCGGCCGCAGCAGAGGCGGCCAAGGUGAAGCUCGAGGAAUUGUUCGACGAUGCAGACUCCGACCCAGAGUUUCCCUCGAGCGUUCCAGCGCCCACAUCUCAAGAGGACGCAUCACAGCCCGCCCCAAUCAAGAUUACAUCUCAAUCGUCAUUCUCCGACCCAGAUGUGAUGCGGGCUUUUUACCAGCGUCUCUUUCCUUUUCGUCCGCUCUUUCAAUGGCUCAACCAUUCGGCGACUCCGAGCAACGACUUUGCCCAUCGCGAGUUCGCUUUCACGCUGCCCAACGACGCCUACCUACGCUACCAGUCCUUUCCCUCGGCCGAUCUACUGCGAAAGCAAUGCAUAAGCAUGCUGCCCUCACGUUUCGAAAUCGGCCCCAUGUACAGCACCAACCCAAGAGACCGAAAGACGCUGCGAAAAGCCAGCGCUUUCCGACCGCUGAUGAAGGAAUUGGUCUUUGAUAUCGAUAUGACGGAUUAUGACGAUAUCAGAACGUGCUGCACAGGCGCAAACAUUUGUCUCAAGUGCUGGGGGUUCAUUACCAUGGCCAUCAAGACUAUCGACGUUGCUCUGCGAGAAGACUUUGGCUUCAAACACAUACUCUGGGUCUACUCUGGUCGUCGUGGUGCUCACGCCUGGGUCUGCGAUAAGCGCGCACGAGAAAUGGACGACCAGAAACGGCGCUCCGUAGCUAGUUACCUGGAACUCCUCAAAGGCGGCGACCAGGGCGGCAAAAAGGUCCACGCCAAGCGGCCUCUACACCCACACUUGGAGCGCAGCCUGGACAUAUUGAAAGAGCAUUUCCAGACGUCAAUUCUAGCCGAGCAAGAUCCCUGGGCCAGCGACGAAAAGGCAGCCCACCUCCUCAAUCUGCUCCCGGACCCCACCCUCAAAGCCGCCUUGCAGAAGAAAUGGAGCUCGGCGCCCUCGCGGCCCAGCGCCUCCAAAUGGUCCGACAUCAACGCGCUCGCCGAAUCCGGCGCUCUAUCCAAGACACCCAAAGAGCUGCGAGAAGCAAAGCAAGACAUCAUUCUCGAAUACACAUACCCGCGCCUCGACGCCGAAGUAUCCAAGAAACUCAACCAUUUGCUCAAGAGCCCGUUUGUAGUGCACCCGGGCACAGGAAGGGUCUGCGUCCCAAUCGACACACGCAAAGUCGAGGAUUUUGACCCCCUAAGCGUACCCACCGUCACACAGCUGCUGCAGGAAAUCGACGACUGGACGGGCGACGAGUCAGACAAGAAGAUGCAGGACUGGGACAAGACGAGCCUGAAGCCGUACGUGGACUACUUUAGGCGCUUUGUCGCGGCGCUGCUGGACGACGAGAAGCCGGCUCUGAAGCGCGAGAGGGAAGAGGCUGCCGAUGCAAUGGAGUUUUAGCACAAAAUGGUGUUGUCUUGUACACCUUUGUGGAAGAUUUUUCCUUGCAUACUUUUUUUGGGGGAUGCAUUUCAUGCGCAAACCCCCCCGAAUUUCAGACAUCACGCCUCCUUAUCA